AUGCAUACCUCGCUGUAUUCUACAACAUUACGACGGUUAUUACCAUCUAAUAUCAAGGAUGUUCCCCAACCAGAGGUAGUGGUGUCGAAUGCAGAAGUUACGCUGUUGGGAAUCAGUAUCGCUUUUAGAUUAAAAGGGUUACAGUUUAUAGUACUUUGUUGCGGAAUAUUCGUUUUUUAUAUCACCUAUGGUUUCAUUCAGGAAUUAAUGUUUAAAGUGGAUGGUAUGGAAUCAUAUGGAUGGCAUUUAACACUGAUUCAAUUUUUAAUCUAUUCCAUAAUGGCAUCAUUGGAAAGUUUUUGUUGCGCUAUAAUAAAGCAACGGAGAAUUCCGAUACACAUUUACUUAGAAAUAGCGACACUUACGGUGGGUACGAUAGGUUUCUCGAAUGUAGCCGUGGGUUAUUUGAACUAUCCGACACAAGUAGUCUUCAAAUGUUGCAAAUUGAUACCUGUUCUAAUCGGUGGAAUUAUUAUUCAAGGGAAGCAAUACUCUUGCAUCGAUUUUACAGCAGCAUGUGUGAUGAGCUUCGGUCUUGUUACUUUUAUCUUAGGUGAUAGCGCCGUAUCUCCAAUGUUUAAUCCGUUCGGAUAUACGAUGAUUUCAGUUGCCUUACUUUUUGAUGCAGUAAUUGGUAACGUUCAGGAGAAAUCGUUGCACAUUUAUAAAGCUAGCAAUAAUGAAAUGAUUCUGUAUUCAUAUUCCAUUGGAUUCAUAUAUAUUAUGCUGGGAUUGAUAAUUUAUGGCAAUUUUUUGGAUGGAUUCUACUUUUUCUCCAAGCAUCCAUUGCAAACUUAUGGUUACAGUAUACUGUUUUCCAUAUCAGGCUACCUUGGCCUUAAUGCAGUAUUAAGCUUAGUGCGUACUCAAGGAGCAUUUAUUGCUGUUACUGUUACGACCAUUCGGAAAGCAGUUACGGUCGCUCUAUCGUUCCUAUUCUUUUCAAAACCAUUUGUUACUCAAUAUUUGUGGGGUGGCUUACUAAUAUUAGCAGCUAUUUAUCUUAACCUUUAUAGUAAGAAUCGAUCAAAUUUGGAUUGUGGUUGCAAAGAGUGCUCUAAUACCGAUCGCGUUUGUACUCAAUAG